AUGAAUGAUAACAAUAUCUGUGAACAAAUUACGCAAAAUUUAAUUAAAUAUGAUGUUACUGUGGUUUUUGGUAUUGUUGGUAUCCCUAUUGUGGAACUAGCCAAUCAUUUUAUCAACUCCAAAAAAAUCAAAUUUAUUCCUUUUAGAAAUGAACAGGCCGCUUCGUAUGCAGCUUCAUGCUAUUCUUAUUUGAUGAGUAAUAGCAGCAAAAGUAAAAUAUGUGGCUUGCUAGUUGUUGGCGGACCAGGUAUUAUCCACGCAUUAAGCGGUGUAUUUAAUUCUAUUGAAAAUAAAUGGCCAUUAUUGGUUAUGGCCGGUAGCUUAGAGGCUUCAAGUUUAUAUAAGGCUGGCGGCAGUGGAUUUCAAGAGUUAGAUCAGGUUAAUUUAUUAAGUAAUUUCCAUAUCAAUUUCACUGGUAGAUUAGAUACUAAUAUUCCUAAUUGUCCUGAUAGGGUAUUUCAUAAAGCCAUAAAUGGUUGUAUUCAGUCCAAUAAUGUUUCUUACAUAGAUAUUCCGGGGAAUUUAAUAUCUAAUAACAAUGGUACUAAUAAUAAUACCUCUAUUAAUACAACUUCUAGUAGCAAAUACAACAUAACUUCUUUAAAAAUUAGACCGGAUCCAAAUGCUAUCAAACUAAUUGCUUCGACUAUUAUAAGAAAAAGCAAAAUGAACUUGCUAUUGGUGGUUGGUAAAGGCGCUGUUAAUUCAUCUGCAGCAAUAAGAAAAUUUGUUAAUAAGUACCAGAUACCGUUUUUGCCGACUCCAAUGGCAAAGGGGAUAAUAGAGGACUCUAAUCCGUUGAACGUUUCUUCUGCAAGAUCGGCAAGUUUGCAAAAAGCAGAGUUGGUUAUUGUUUUGGGUGCUAGAUUAAAUUGGAUCUUACAUUUUGGUGAAUCACCCAAGUGGAAUGAUAAUGUACAAUUUAUUCAGGCCGAUAGGGAUCCAAAAAGUUUAGAAUUUUCCAAUGACACCAAUAAAUACGUUGGCUGUUUGGGCGAUAUUGAUUUAUUUGUUAAUGAUUUAAUGGCUAGUUUGGAUCUUGAAAUUGCCACCAACAAUACUUUAAAAUUAAAUAACUUGAUUCAACUAGUCAAAAAACAAAUCGAAUGGAAUGUUGAAAAAUUAAAAUUAAAAGAGUCAAAACCAGGUUACCAAAAUUUGCUGACCUAUAACCAAGUUUAUUCAAACAUCAGAAGCCACUUAAUUGAUUCAGAAACCAUUAUUGUGGCCGAAGGGGCCAAUACUAUGGACAUUGCAAGAAUCUCAUUUCCAACAGAUUAUCCUAAGAGAAGGUUAGACGCGGCAACUACCGCUACAAUGGGCUGUGGAUUACCGUAUGCUAUAACUGCUAAAUUAACUAACCCAGACAAAUUAAUACUAUGUAUUCAAGGUGAUUCUGCAUUUGGUUUUUCUGGAAUGGAGUUAGAAACUGCUCAUAGAUGUAACUUACCAAUUAUUGUUAUCGUAAUGAACAACAGCGGGAUAUAUCAUGGGUAUAUUAAAAAUAAAAAUGAGACCGGAAACCUUUGUCCUUCUACUGCUCUAAGCAAAAAUUGUAGGUACGAUUUAGUGGCACGUGGUUUAGGUUUUAAAGGGUACUUGGUACAUGAUUUAAGAGAACUAAAUGAAGCUUUUAUCAAAGCUGUUAAAGACUAUAAAGAAAAUGGAGUGGGUAGUUUAUUAAAUGUUAUCAUAGAGCCUGGAAAACAAGGGAAAUUAGAGUUUGGUUGGCAAGGUAAAAACGGAACAAACACUGCCGCUAGAGCCAAAUUAUGA